AUGCCUGAACAGCUCGUUUGGUUCGUGACAGGCUGCUCUUCGGGCUUCGGUCAACAGUUCAUCAAGCAAGCCUUGGAGAGGGGUGACAAAGCCAUAGCUACAGCCCGUAAUGCUGAUACUCUGAAGGAGCUCGCCGACCUUGGCGCCGCUACCAUGCAACUGGACGUCACCGUACCAAUGAGCGAGAUCCAGAAGAAAGUGCGAGAUGCCAUUAAGAUCUACGGUCGUAUCGAUGUCUGCGUCGCGAAUGCGGGUUACACCAAAGUAGCUGCUGCCGAAGACUUCGGCAAUAACAACGAAGACUUACUCAAAAUGAUCCAAACGAACACCAUUGGCAACUGGAACGUCGUAUGCGCUAUUGCACCGCAUUGGCGAGAGCGCAAGUCAGGCUUCCUCGUAUACAACAGCAGCAUGGCUGCAUGGUGGCACAAUACGCCAGGCCUGGGCGGGUACGCUGCCACAAAAGCUGCGCUUGAUCGACUAGUAGAACACUUCCGACUCGAAGCCACUCCUUUUGGCGUCAAAGUCCUUGUAAUCCACCCCGGCUACUGUCGAACUGAGAUUGCCAACCCGACGAAGCAUGACUUAUCCGGUACCUUCCAAGACUACGAGGCACUCGGAAACUUCUGGAAAGAGUUCACGCCAAAGCUGCAUGGCGGCCAGCCCGGUGAUGCGACCAAGGCGGUGCGGUUGAUGAUUGACGUGGUUCGAGGUGAAGGGGUGGCGGAAGGGAAGGAGGCGCCGCCAUUCCUGCCGGUGGGCAGUGAUGCAUUCGCGGACAUCAAAGCGAAGAGUGAGUUGACGAUGAAAAUUCUUGAUGAGUGGGAGAGCGCGAUUAAGUCGAUCGAUGUAGCCAGCUGA